CUAAAAUAAAUUCUAGCAGCAGUGCUAAAAUUAAAUGGCGGCGUGACAGCUUCCGGUUUCUGUCUCUUUGGAAAUAAAAUCCAGCAAACAUGGGUCGUAUGCACGCUCCUGGCAAGGGAAUUUCCCAAUCAGCGCUCCCCUAUCGUCGUUCCGUGCCGUCGUGGCUCAAGCUGACCGCCGACGAUGUCAAGGACCAGAUUAAGCGGCUGGGGAAGAAGGGAAUGACGCCUUCACAAAUUGGAAUCAUUCUUCGAGACUCCCACGGAGUGGCGCAAGUGCGAUUUGUGAAUGGCAAUAAGAUCCUGCGUAUUAUGAAGUCCGUGGGACUAAAGCCCGACAUCCCAGAGGAUCUUUACUACCUGAUCAAGAAGGCUGUCGCCAUCCGCAAGCACUUGGAGAGGAAUCGUAAGGACAAGGACAGCAAAUUCCGCCUGAUUCUCGUGGAGUCGCGCAUCCACCGUCUGGCACGCUUCUACAAGACAAAGGGCGUCCUUCCGCCCAACUGGAAGUACGAAUCCAGCACAGCCUCCGCCCUUGUGGCUUAAUUGUCUUGAGAGUUUUUUUUCCGGAAAUACACGCUAAUCGGAAGUG